AUGAAAUUUUCAAAUGGAUUCAGCUCAAUCGAAACAGGAAGCAGAAACAGAUCGAAGAUAAAGUUUCAUCAGAAGAGAAUAUCACAAUUUUAUCCGACAGUCGAUGAAGACAUAGAACGAAAUCGAAAAAACAAGAUCAUACGCAACAUGAAGUUGCGUCAAGCUAUUUCCGAAGGAAAUUGGAGGGAAGUAGAGUCUAAACUAUCAUCCGGUGAAGGCGCAGACACAGAGCACAUAGACAGUGAUGGGAACACCAUGCUUCAUAUAGCGGUUGGAUUACGUCGUAACCGUAUACUCAGAAAUAUAUUAGAGUAUACAGACGUAGUAAACUUACCAAUAAUGAGAAAUUUUGAUGGAAACACAGCCCUGCACAUAGCUGCAAUCGUUAGCAACACAAAAGCAGCAUCGCUCUUGGUAAAAAAAAACAGAAGAUUGUUGGAAAUUACAGACCAUAAAGGUGAAAUACCUUUGGACAAAGCUUAUGAAAAUAUGCAUCUUGACACCAUAGAAUAUUUGUUGAAAGCUGCGAAUGAUGUCGAUGGAAAAUCCAAGAAAAAGUUUUUUCCUUUAGAGGAUUCUGUUAGCCCUGGUGUAAAAGUAGGCGGUAACCUUCUUGUUAAUGCUGUUACUGCAAAGCAAUAUGACUUAGCAACACAGUUAGUCAAGAAGUCUCCUGAAUUUGUUGUGGAAAAUGAUAAUAUACUUCUAGCAAUAACUAGCACUUUUCCGAUGGGGUUGGGUUACUGGGAAAUGCUUAUAUAUCCAAAUAUGGGUGAUAUUUGUGAAAGGAUAGUCAUGAGAGCCAGGGACUCGUUUAAAGUAUUAGUAUACUACUGCAAAGACAUGACGUGUAUAAUAGAAGAUGUACAUGAUGACGUGAUCUUUGGUAGUAGACAACUGCUACUAUACUUCACAUUGAAAGGUCCAUUAGCCAUGCUUCGUUGGAUUUAUUACAUGAUUCGCCUACUCAUAUUGAUGCUUUAUUUUCCAUUCUUUGUGUUUUAUUUCCUCUUCUGGAAGGUUGCAACGAGAGUAGUUCCACUAAUUAAGCGUAUCGAGAAGAAAAUGAAGGAACAAAAAGCAGCAAAAGAAGUUCUAAAAUUGGUAUGUGAUGAAAUAGAGAAGUUGGAAUUCCCUGAUGCUCAUCCUCUGUAUCAUAGAGUUGUUCUUGAGGCUGCACGUCAAAACAUUUAUGAGGUUGUUGAUGAGAUUUUAAUGAGAUCUCCUAAAGCAGUUCGAUAUAAAGAUGAGAGUGAGUAUGACGUUAUACAGUUAGCAGUUAUACACCGUUCAGAAAAAGUCUACAACCUUAUCUAUACCAUUGGGGAGCGUAAGAGUGUUUACAGAAUGAUCGAAGAUUCUUCUAAGAACAAUAUGUUGCACCUGGUUGGAAGAUUACCUUCUUUGCAGAAACUCAGACAUAAAAGAGGCCCAGCAUUACAGCUACAAAAAGAGCUUCACUGGCGCCACGAAAUUGAGAAGCUCGUGUUUCCCACUUGCACUACAAAAGAAAAUACUUUCAAAGAGACACCAGAUAAGGUGUUCAGAAGGGAGCACGAAAAUAUGGUGAAGGAAGCAGAAAAGUGGAUGAAGGCCGUAGCAGAAUCAUGCAGCAUCACUGCAGCACUAAUUACUACAAUUGUGUUUGCGGCAGCUAUUACGGUUCCAGGUGGAAGCAAUCAAGAAACAGGCAUCCCCGUGUUUACAAAAGAAAUUGCUUUCACGAUCUUUGCAAUAACAGAUUCAAUCUCACUAUUUGCAUCCAGCACAGCAUUACUGAUGUUCUUGUCGAUCCUCACAGGAAGUUUUGAUGAGAGAGAUUUUCUCUUCACUUUGCCAAGACUACUGAUGGUUGGUCUUUGUGCCUUGAUGCUAUCUACAACUGCCAUGAUGGUGGCCUUUGGGGCAACGUGGUUCAUUGUCUUUUCUCAUAAAAGACCAUGGAUGCUUGCUCCAAUUUGUUUAUUAUCUUCGGUCCCGAUUGCGACUUUUGGUGCUCUUCAAAUCCCCCUCAUAGUAGAUCUCUAUCGGUCGACAUAUGGACACAUAUUUGGCAAUCCAAAAACAAAAAAAUAA